CCUUAGGGAAAUAGUUUUAAGUUUUCUUAGUGGUUGGAGACAAGUGGCAUGCAAAAAUAAGUGAAACAGUUGAAGAUUAUAUCUUGCACACUUUGCAUAUGCUUCUUUCACAAUAAUUAUUAACAUAUUUAAUUAUUUUCCAAUUUGAAUCUGCCCAAUUAAGUACAAGGUUUUCAAUCUAUGUGGUAGUUUAUCCUAGUUAUCUUACCAAUCAUAACAGUGUCCAAUAAAGUUCUAGAACUCAGAGGGAUAUGUACGAGUAUUAUUGGAAGGAAGGACAGAAACAUUCAGAUUCUCCUGAGGAAUUUGGGUCCUACUUUCUCCUCUUGCUAAACCAAAACGACGAGAAACAGUAAGUUACAACCUCCUUCUCCUAGCUAGGAGAAGCAAGGGGUUAACCAGUCUUGGUUUACUAAGUAUUUCUGUCAGGCUUUUAUCUGAUCCUUCCUCCCUUCCUCCCCUGCCCACCCCUUCUGUAAAUGUCAACCACUUCCUGAGGAGCCUAGUAGUGGUGAAUUUCACACCUUUCUUUUCUUUGUGAAGAAACCUGGGUGUUAAUGGUACAGGAUUGGGUACCACUGUAUGGCUCUGGCUGGCUGUUAGUAAAGCUUCGGGAUGCCUAUGGGAAAAAAGUAGGAGAAGGUGAAGAAAUUUAAGAAAUGAGCUACUAGAAAAUAGGUUAAAUAGGGUCUUAUAUUUAAAAUGAGAGUGUUUUCUUAGCAGUUUUUAAAUGUGCAUUGUAAAAAUAGUAAUCUUUUAAAAGCUUAACAUUGAGAGUCUAAAGGAAUCUAGCAAAGGAAGGGGCUGAUUGUUAAAAAAAAAAUUAAGGCAGGGUCAGAAAGAAAAGCUGGAGUAUUCUCUGACCUUUUGCUCUACAGGUGUAUUUACAGGAGACAGCCAUGGAAACCUGGUCAGUUGAGCAGGUCUGCAGUUGGUUGGUGGAGAAAAAUUUAGGAGAGCUAGUUCAGAGGUUUCAAGAGGAAGAAGUAAGUGGGGCCGCUCUCCUUGCACUUAAUGAUCGGAUGGUUCAGCAACUGGUAAAGAAAAUUGGGCAUCAAGCUGUUCUGAUGGAUUUAAUUAAAAAAUACAAGAGGAACACUCAAGGACUGAAGUCCCCUGAAAGUCCCAAAGAGGCAGCCCUGGUCAUGCAAACAGAAGCAGCCCGAGAUUACAGGGGUGAAGAGACCUCCAGUCCAGUCAGCCAUGGGGAGCAGAUGCCAUCUUUCUAUCCAUCUGAAAACCUUGAUAAUGGACUAAUUGACCGAAGAGUAUUAAAACAGAGAAGAAAUGUGAAACAUCUUCUAGCAAGAAGCAAAGCAUUACAAUGGACGAAGUCCUAUGUUUUACCAGAGUUUCCCUAUGAUGUCAAAUGCAUGCUAGCAGAGCAGAAGUGCCCGGAUCACAGCAUGAGGAUAAGGAUCAUUGAGUUUCUCCAGGCUGACAUGACCAAGUACCUGGAAGGCUCACUGUACCCCAGCACCCAGCAGUACAAUGACGUAGUGAAUGCCCUGCUGCAGGCCCACCCUUUCCUGGAUGAGGACGGCUGUGGCUUUUUUUUAUGGAAACGAGCCCUCAAAGAUCGCUUUAAAUAUGUUCGAAGACCCAUAGAAGAUGAUGAACAAGUGAUUAGAAAUAAGUGUAAAUUUGGACACCGAAGAGGCCAGACAAGGAAAUCUAUUGCUGAUAUAAGAUUUGAUGGAAUUAAACUUGUCCAGAUCAAAGAAGAAGCUGUUUGUUUUGAUUCUGAGCUGGAUGAACAUAUUAAGUGGUUUCAGCAAGAAUACAUGAAAACAGAAAAGAACUGGAGAGAAAUUGACAAGAGAAUGAGCCAAACUUUGGAAAUAAGAAGAAAGAUGAUUGGCAGCCGAACACCUCUGAAGGAUAUUCUUAAACUGUUUCCUUUCUUGAAGUGCCCUUAUCAGGACCAGUUACCAUUUUGUGCUUUGGAUGCAGUGAGAAAUGCAAACAUUCUUGCCAAAAAUGCAUAAAUCCUGAGGAAACAUCAUAAAACCUCCAAGGAGAAAUGUUCUACAAAGUAACUGGCUUCCACUUUUCAGAAACUGUCAAGGAAACUAACAAGUUUUUCAGACUGGAUGCUAGAGAGACGUGGUAUCUAAAUCUCCUGUGAUCCUGGAUUAGAUCCUGGACCUGUUAAGAACACGACUGGAACAGCCGGAAAAUUUAAAUGGAACGUGAAAAAUUUAAAUUUUCCUGACUUUGAGUCAGGAAAAUCUUGUACUUAGGAAAUACACAAUAAGGUGUUAAGGAAUGGUGGGGCAUUAUGUCUACAGCUCAUUUUCAAAUGGAUCAGAAAUUGGGGGAAGUUGCAGAGGGCACUUGUGAGUUCUUACCACUUGCGCAACUUUAAUGUAAGCUUGAAAUUAUUUCAAAACAAAAAGUCAGAAAAGAAAUUCUUAGCCUAUGAGCCUAGAACAGCGGAGUAUUCACCUUCUUCAUCCUUCAGUUCACAUCUUUCUGCUGAGAAAACUGUUUUCUAAGGGUAUUAAUCUAGGUUAGUGGUCCACUGUGGGCUGCCUAGUAACAAAGCCACUCUGCCUUUACGAGAAUAUGCAUCCCAGCUUUCUGACAACUUAACUUUCAGACCUAAUCUCUGGGCAAUUUAUGAUCUACCAAAACAUUCAAGAAACAGUGAAGCCCAGUGGGUAGUAUGUGAUUGUUCUUAAUAGUUUCAGGAAAAGCAAUGACUAAAUUAAUUCAGGCAAGUGUGGGUGGCUAAUAAUCUGAUGAUGCCACUCUUUCAAAAACAGCUGGGGAGUGGUGGUAUAAUCCUCUGAGGGGGAAGAAUUCAGGCAGUGGUAGGAAGGCGUAGUGUGAGGAAUGGGACUUCCAUGAAGUAAAUUGGUUUGCUUUGACCUUGUAGUCAAAUACAUUGUUUAUCUUUCUUUUCUUUUGAGACAGGGUCUCACUAUGUUGUCCAGGCUCAAGUGCAGUGGCAUAGUCUCAGUUCACUGCAGCCUUGAUAUCCCCGGGUUCAGACAAUCUUCCUGCCUCAGCCUUCUGAGUAGUUGGGACUCUACAUGUAUAUCACCAUGCCCAGCUAAUUUUGGUAUUUUUCGUAGAGACGGGGUUUUGCUCUGUUGCCCAGGCUGGUCUCAAACUCCUGGGCUCAAGUGAUCCUUCUGCCUUGGCCUCCCAAAGCGCUGGGAUUAAAAGCAUAAGCCACCAUGUCCGGCCAUAUUGUUUUGCACUGUUUACCUCUGUCUACUCUUACAGUGUUUCUAAAGCACUCUCCUUUCCCUAAACUUAGGAUACUACAGUUACAUAUUUUUCAGGGGCUGCUUCCUACAGUCUGACAGUUUUGUUCUUUGCUGCUCGUUGAACAAGGCAUAACAAUGUAGUUUACCUAAAGAAAUGUAAGUUCCUAGAAUCUUAGCUGGGUAUGCAAAUAGCCUACAUACACGUAUACCCUUUGAAUCCUCAUUUAGUUGAGACUGCAUCCAGUUUUAAUUCUGUAGGUUUAAAAUCUGCCAUGGCCAUUACUUUUCUUUUCACAAUCACUUUAGGCUUUCAUUUUCUCCUCCCUCAUCCUAAAGCUUUAAUUCUCCACUAAAGCUUCUAAAAUAUCUAUUACUUAGUUUAACAAGUAUUCACGGCUUAAUUCUAAAGGUUUUAUGUCUGUAAUUCUAUAUAUUAGCUUUUCUUGUGAUCUGAUGUAUCCA